AAGGUUGAAAUUGAAUUUUAGAGACAAAAACUGACCCAUUAAAGAUGUCUCGGAAAAUUCCUAAAGAAUCAAAAAAAGUGAACAUCUCUAGUUCUUUGGAAUCUGAAGAUAUUAGUUUAGAAACGACAGUACCUACAGAUGAUAUUUCCUCAUCAGAAGAGAGAGAUGGUAAAAUCAAAAUCACCAGGCAGCUAAUUGAACGGAAAGAAUUACUUCAUAAUAUUCAGUUACUGAAAAUAGAGCUAUCCCAGAAAAAUAUGAUGAUCGACAAUUUGAAAAUGGAUUAUCUUACAAAGAUUGAAGAGUUGGAAGAGAAACUUAAUGAUGCUCUUCACCAAAAGCAGCUGCUAACAUUGAGAUUAGACAACCAAUUGACUUUUCAGCAAAAAGAUGCCAGAAAAUAUCAAGAAUUAUUAAAGCAAGAAAUGGAAACUAUCUUACGGAGACAGAAACAACUGGAAGAAACAAAUCUUCAGCUCAGAGAGAAGGCUGGAGACAUUCGUCGAAACCUGCGUGACUUUGAGUUGGCAGAAGAGCAGUAUCUGAAACUAAAAACUUUCCCGGAAGAUCAGCUUUCUAUUCCUGAAUAUGUGUCUCUUCGGUUCUAUGAACUAGUGAAUCCAUUAAGAAAGGAAAUCUGUGAACUACAAGUGAAAAAGAAUGAACUAUCAGAAGAAUCAAGUGCAUACAAAGGCCAGCUGAGGCAGCUGACAGAGACGUAUGAAGAGGAGAGAAGGAACUGCUCUGAGCUUCAAAAUAGAUGUCAACGUUUGGCCUUAGAAUUGGCAGACACAAAGCAGUUAAUUCAGCAAGGUGACUACCGUCAAGAGAACUAUGAUAAAGUCAAGAGCGAGCGUGAUGCACUUGAAGUAGAAGUAAAUGAGUUUAGGAGAAAAUAUGAAAUACUUGACAUCUCUCACAAAACUCAAGCUAAAGAAAGAAGUGAAUUAUCAAAAGAGGUAGCCACUUUACAGCAGACUGUUACUUUAUUGCAAAAAGAUAAAGAAUAUCUAAAUCGCCAAAACAUGGAACUAAGUGUUCGCCGUGCACAUGAAGAGGACCGUCUUGAAAGACUACAAGCUCAACUUGAAGAAACCAAAAAGUCUAGAGAAGAAAUGUAUGAAAAAUAUGUAACAUCCAGGGACCAUUAUAAAACAGAAUAUGAAAAUAAACUGCGUGAUGAACUUGAGCAAAUCAGAUUGAAAACUAAUCAAGAGAUUGAGCAGCUUCGAAGUGCCUCUAGGGAAAUGUAUGAACGAGAAAACAGAAAUCUCCGAGAAGCAAGAGAUAAUGCUGUGACUGAAAAGGAUCGAGCUGUGAUGGCUGAAAAGGAUGCUUUAGAAAAACAUGAUCAGCUCUUAGACAGAUACAGAGAAUUACAGCUUAGUGAGGAAAGCAAAGUGACAGAAUUUCUCCAUCAAAGUAAAUUAAAAGCUUUUGAGUGUGAGCGUGUUCAACUUCUACAAGAAGAAACUGCAAGAAAUCUCACACAGUGUCAGCUGGAAUGUGAAAAAUAUCAGAAAAAAUUGGAGGUUUUAACUAAAGAAUUUUAUAGUCUACAAGCCUCUUCUGAAAAACGCAUUACUGAGCUUCAAGUACAGAACUCUGACCAUCAGGCAAGGCUAGACAUUUAUGAGAAACUGGAAAAAGAGCUUGAUGAGAUAAUAAUGCAAACUGCAGAAAUUGAAAAUGAAGAUGAGGCUGAAAGAAUUCUUUUUUCCUAUGGGUAUGGUGCUAAUGUUCCCACAACAGCCAAAAGACGACUAAAGCAAAGUGUCCACUUGGCAAGAAGAGUGCUUCAGUUAGAAAAACAAAACUCGCUAAUUUUAAAAGACCUGGAACAUCAAAAGGACCAAGUUACACGGCUUUCACAAGAGCUUGACAGGGCCAAUUCGCUAUUAAACCAAACACAGCAACCGUACAGGUAUCUAAUUGAAUCAGUGCGUCAGAGAGAUUCAAAGAUUGAUUCACUAACGGAGUAUAUUGCACAACUUGAGAAAGAUGUCAGCAAUUUAAGUAAAGAAAAGUCAACUUUACUGCAGAUGAAGAAUCAAAUGGCAUUAGAUUUGGAACAGCUUCUAAAUCAUCGUGAGGAAUUGGCGGCAAUGAAACAGAUGCUCAUUAAUAUGCGCAGUAAGCAUCAUGAGGGCAGCUUACUCCUUCCUAAAAAGGAUUCAAAAACUGUGACAGAAGGUCCAAAACCAAAGGCUUUGGAUGUGCCUAGAGAGCCUGAAGAUAAUAUAUUCAUACCCAAACCAACACUCUUUGUAAGUAUAAUAAAAGUUAAUUUAGAAUUGUAA